GUCCUUCGUGCAAAACGCCUUCACUGUUCCCUGAGGCCCGAAAGAGUGAGAAGGAAGAAAGGAAAGAUUCUCUCUCAGGUGUGUGGAUCUUCACGCGCCACCGUACUGGAACGAUAUGGCCACCGGAGCAGCUGACGGGAUGUUCCGAAGCAUCUUCGAGGGAUGCAUCUCCGGCUGCGACGCCGCGAUCGAGCGGCGUCCGUACCACAAGAACUGCAGGUGCGCGCUCCAUGAGAGAUCUCGCGGCGGAGGAGGAGGAUUGGGCGGAAAAAACCAGAAUCAGCGGCGGAUCUGUCGCCACGGGAGGUCGGAGAGCGUGGCGUUCCCGAUCAGACGGUCGUGGAGCGAAGGCAAUGUGUUGGCUCUGCAUCUCGCGUCCUCUUCGUCCUCCUCGAAUCUCCAAUCGCUAUCGUCGUCUUCGUCUCUGUCGAAUCUCGCGUCGGCAUCGGAAUCUCCGUCAGAUUCACCGGUUGCGGCGGAAACAGCCGGAUCUCGCCAACUCCGAUGGACGAUAGACGAGGAAGACGACGAAAAGCGCUCGGCUCAAGGUUUGGAAUACUGAUCUCGGAAUCUGCUAAUUCGUUGUUAUCUUCGUCUGUGGAGCAAACGAAUUUUGAAUGUUCGAUUAGAGAUGUUUGAUCAAACCAAGGGGAAUCAAUCGUCUACGGAGAAUGGUGUGGUAAAUUGGUCAAAUCCUUAGGGGGUUGCUUUGUUUUAUUUAUGUUGUGCGUAAAUUCGUAAUAAUGUUCGUAUAAUCUUUCUGGUUCUGUUCCAUCCGGGGAGAAAAAAACAUGUAAUUUUUUGUGUUUUGUGUGUGUGUAGAUCUCGUACCAUAAGCUUUAACCCUAAUCCCUAAACCUUCAUUUGUCCAUUUAUUUUAUUUUUAUAAUUAUAAGUUUUUGCUGCCA